AUGAAAAGUAAUGAUUCAACAAAAAUUCCCGAAAGUUUAUGUCUUGGAAUUGCUGAACCAAUGGAAAUUAUUUCAAAACAGAAUAAAUUAAAUUUAGAAUUUUAUUCGAGAAAUGAACCAGAAAAUCAUUUUUGGCUUAGUUGGAAUACUAUUGGUUGUGGUGGUGUUAUUACACAAAAUAAUUCUCGAUUAAUAGCUAAUGCUUCAGAAGGGGCUGAUUUUGUGGGAGAGGAUCCUUAUCGGAAAUGUAUUUGGUAUGUUAAGCCCCCAAUUGGUUAUAGUAUUCAAGUAAUGAUUGAAAGGAUGCAGACAGAGCCAGUCCCUGCUGGACAAAAGUGUUUUGAAGUGCAGCCGGCUGGUUUUACCGGUGGUGAAAAAACUCGUUUAAGAGAUGGUGUUCAAUUUUACGCUGUUGACAGCCAAUUUGCUUUUGAAAGGUUAUCAGGAGGAAAUGAAGAAGAUUUGCCUUUAAAAGCAUUUUGUGGAAAAUUAAAAAAUGUUAGCUUUAAUUGGGGAGGAAAUUCAGCUUCUGCUGGAGGGAUAGCAAUUGUAUUUAGUUAUCAUACAGACACAACAGAAUUAUUAACUGAUACUUUAAUUGGGGCUGCAAUUUUUGGUGAUGGAACAUUUGCUCCAGUCGAUGAUCAAAUUGUUUUUUCUGCAAAAAUUAAUUUUUUGCCUAUUUCCACAGAAGGAAAUGGAGGAGUUAUUUUUGUUGAUCCACAUUCUGAUUCAUUUAUUCAAUCACCAAACUAUCCAAAGCCUUAUCCAAGAAGCAUUGAGGCAAAAAAUAAAUUUAAAUACUUAUAUUUAAAUAUUAUUUUUUAG